UCUUACAGUCCCCCUUUUAUCCACGUGACGUCACCAGCAAAGAAGGAGGCUCAGCGGGUUGUGACGUCACACGGGUAAAGAUGGUGUAGGAGGAAGAGGGACCACUCUGAUCAGUUUCAUUUUUAGUGAAUCCACUCAGAGUGAGACCUCCUGUGCUCCUUCUCUCUCUGGGACUCUCUGACCGACGGACGCAGCCUCGGCCGCUCUCACAUCGAAGCUGAUCGAUCGAUACCGGAUCGAUCGACUGUGACGUCGCGGUCUAUCACAACCGUCGCGUGGUCUGCAGCGAGUGAUGACAUCAUUGCGUGAGAGUCCCGAUCCUUCCCUCGUCAUCUGAUCGAUCAUUUAUCAGGUCCCCCUGGUGCUCCUGGUCCCCCUGGUGCUCCUGGUGCUCCUGGUCCCCCUGGUGCUCCUGGUGCUCCUGGUUCCCCCAGCCCUCCUGGUCCCAUCCAGGAUGCUGCCAGCCUCCAUCCAGAUCACAGGGGAGCAGCUCUCAGCGGCCGAGGUUCAGGACAUCUGCGAGAGUCUGAAGGAGGACAGCGUUCGUCUGCUGUCCAUCCGAGGCUGCCAGCUCUCCGAUCGUGACUUUGGACAUAUCUGUCGCAGUGUUGCCGAGUCUCACUCGCUCGCCCAGCUCAACCUUAACCUGGGCGUGGUCUCCAGCAUCAGCAGAACUCGACACCUGGCCGACGCCGUGAGCACCAACCGAUCCCUGCAGACCCUAUUUCUCCAUGGCAGCCCGCUCCUGGACGCUGGCCUGGUGACCCUGAACUUGGCGCUGUCGACCCACCCGGCCCUGGUCUGUCUGGAUCUAGGAGACUGCAUGCUCGGAGAUGAGGCGCUGGGUCUGAUCUGCGGGAUGCUGCCCCCUGAUGGAGCAAAGUCAGGCCUGAUGGAAUUGACACUCAGCGCUAACGCAGGAAUCAGCUCCAAAGGUUGGGCUCGACUCAGCAUCGCUGUGGCCCACAGCUCUCAGCUCCGAGUCCUCAACCUGGACUACAACCUGCUGGGUGAUCAGAUAGCAGGGAUGUUGGCGGUUGCUGUGGCGUCCAGCAGAACCUUGGAGGUGUUGGACCUGGAGGGAACCGGACUGACCAACCAAUCAGCACAGGUCUUCCUCGACAUGGUGGAGAACUACCCGACCUGCCUGCGGGUUCUGGUUCUGGCGGAGAACGACAUCAGUGCGGAGCUGCAGCAGCAGAUCUGUGACCUGCUCUCGGAGGGAGAGGAUGACAGAGAGGCCCCGCCCCUCGUAAUACGCGCCAACCCCAGCAGUGACCUGCUGUCAAGCAGAGACAAGUACCAGCCAAUCAGAGACAAGUACCAGCCCCCCGCUUGGCUCCCCCAAAGCAACUCCAGUCCACAGAUGGUCCUCCUGACAUCAGGUCUAGGUGAGAGCUUAUUGGACGAGACUGAGAUGUGACCCCUCCCACAGACACACCCACUGACUGUUUUCACUUGAUUCGAUUGGUUUGUAGUUUUGGGGGUUGAAUGUCUGUUUCUGCACUUCCCUGGGUUUUCGGAUCACAUGAUCACUGGCAGCCUAUCACAUACCACUGCAUGGUUUGAUGUAGCACCUGUGAGUAGACAAGCAGCGGCACCAAACCUCAACGCACCAAAUUACUUCACCUGUGAUUAGGCUCCACCCACAAACGCUACCUGCAGGAACUCAGGCUAAAAAAAUCCUCCAGCUCCACCUUGUGGAGAAUAGUUAUUUGUUCCCAGGGCUGAUGGGAUGUUGGUCUAAUAGAAUGAUGGAUCAAUGGUCUAAACAGCUGACCGAACUGAAAUAUGAAGUUUGACUGUUUAAAGUUAAAAAGACGACGAUGCUCAUCAGUGUCUUAGAUGAAGAUUGUGUCACCUGGAGUUUCUGCAGGUAAACGGAAACUGAGUGUUUCUGAUGAAUGUAUUUUCUGUCUGUUUGUUCUGAUGAAAAACGACGUCACAAUAAUAAAACUGUUUACAGCUUCGUAAGAAA